AGAAUCAGCAGCAGAAGAAGAAGAGAGAGGAAGUGGACUUGCUUUAUGUUCUGGGUUCUACACUCAUGUGUUGAGCUGUUUUUCUGGAGCCAGAGAGCGGGUUGAAUUUAUUUUUUAGUUUAUGUUUUCUUCGGGAAGUCCGAACAAACGUGAAAAUGGAAGAAGCACUUGUCCGAGCCAGGAUUCCUCGAGACCUGGAGAAGGUUCUUGGUGUUGAGUCUCAGACCAGCUUUAAAGCGGAGGCAUUCACCCAGGUGUUCCUGAAAAACAGCAUUCAGCAUCACGCACGGUACGAUGUGAAGGCCAUGUUGACUCACAAGGCUGUGAUACUGGGCUACAGCAGGCCAAAGAAGGACAAGUCAAAGAGGAACAGCAAGAAAGCCAAAGGACUGAACGCUCGGCAGAAGAGGGCAAUGAAGAUCUUCCAGAUCAAGCCAGAGCACCAGAGAUACGAGCUUUUCCUGCCUCUGCAUGAACUCUGGACACAGUACAUCACUGACCUGUGCAAUGGAUUGAAACCAGAAGGCAGUCCACAGUUUGUACAGCAGAAGCUUCUGAAGGCAGACUUCCAUGGUGCCAUCAUCACAGUGGUCCGGUCUAAGUGUCCAUCAUAUGUGGGGACUACAGGAAUUCUCGUCCAAGAGUUCAAACAUGUCUUCAAAAUCAUCACCAAAGAGGAUAAACUGAAAGUGAUCCCCAAGAGGAACAGUGUGUUUGCAGUGGAGAUCAACGGCUUUGUCUCCCACAUCUACGGCAGCAAGUUUGAGCAGCGAGCCAGUGAACGCUCUGCUAAGAAGUUUAAAGUUAGAGGAACCAUUGACUUGUAAUGGCACUGAGGGUCACUACAGGAUGCAGUGUUCCUCAACAAGAGAGACAUUACAUAUUCAGACCUCCACUGCCCUCUAUUGGCAGUCAGAAGGAACUGCAACAAAGACAAAUGCAUUCUGCUCUGUUACCAUAUCCUAAGAGAUCCUAAAACCAACAGGAACCAAUCUUUCUCACUCAAGAUCAGUUUACCUGUCAUAGUGUGUACUAAACAGCCAGUGAAAACGGUUGUAUAAUGUUCUCUGUGUUUGGAUGGGUGUCAAGUCAGAGAAAGUAACUGAUCAGGUUUUUUUUUUGCCCUUAUCCCAAGUCUUAAUACAUUUAGAAUUUAAAAAUCAGCCAGAUGGAGAAAAUGUCUGCUGUCAUACAGCAGUAUCUGCUGUGUUUUAGUAAUUAUUUUAGCUACUUUUCUGUUUUAUUAUGUAUUACACAGUAGAAGACAAAGCAAAAAAAUGUCUUUCUUCCUUUGUCAUUAGGAAACAUGCAAGACUUUCUUGUUCCUUUUUGUAACAGAAAAUGUGAAACGUGGUGGUCUGUAAGCUGUUUGUGUUCUUUUUUGAAAUCCGUCACCUGGUCCUGGCAUGUCUGAGCAUGUGAGUUCCCCAGAGUGCCUUGCAUAAUUCACUUGGUUAGAGGAGUUGUCUUACUACCGGUAUGUUAUCACACUGCAGACUUUUUCUUUUGUCUUGGACAGACCCAAACACUUGGCUUCCACAGGGUUCAAUUCGGGUUUAUUAGAGAGGCAUGCAUGCAGAGGUUUGAGACUGCAGAUUCCAGACUUUCAGGUUUGUAUCUGUUCCACAAAUGUACAGGCAUGCUCUGUCUAACGCUGUCUGCACAUAACACUUUCUUACUCUCAUAAUGAGAACGCAUAGUUAAUUAUAGUCUACGAUUCCAUGAGUACCUGAUUCACAUUUGAGAUGCAUCCCUGAAUGCAGCUGCCACAAAAUGGCUCACACUAGUUUAGCUUUGCAGAAAUGCAUUUUAAUUUUCACUAACCCAAGUAUUGUUUUAGCAUUCUGUACAAUGCUGACUAAUGCCCUGACCAAGCUACAGGUCUUUUUCACAGCAGUAAUGUAAUGUGUCAGUAGGGAGAGCACAAGUGUUAAUCAGGGUGGCAGGUGUCCAACUUUGUGUGGGACUGCACAACAUCUUUAUUUAUUGUCCCACAUUUUGAUUGGCAGUAGUUUACAAAAGUCACUGUAGGAUAGGUGCUUUUCUAAUCAUUUUUUUUCAAGUGGCUGUGAAGAAAGCAGGGGCUGUGUCUGAUGUCAAACAGCACAUUUGGAUAAAGUGCAAUAUAACCUGUCA